GCUGCGGCAUCCCUGCCAUCAAGCCCGAGGUGUCWGGCUAUGCCCGCAUCGUUAAUGGUGAGGAGGCUGUGCCCCACUCCUGGCCCUGGCAGGUAUCUCUGCAGCAGACCAGCGGCUUCCACUUCUGUGGGGGAUCCCUGAUCAAUGAGAACUGGGUGGUCACCGCCGCUCACUGCAACGUCGCUACCUACCACCGCGUGAUCGUUGGAGAGCACAAGAGGGGCAGCGGCAACAACGCUGAGGACAUCCAGAUCCUGAAGCCCGCUAAGGUGUUCACCCACCCCAAGUGGAACCCCAGUACCAUCAACAACGAUAUCUCCCUGAUCAAGCUGUCCACCCCUGCUGUCCUGAACACCAAUGUGUCCCCCGUGUGCCUGGCUGAGACCGCCGACGUCUUCGCACCUGGCAUGAACUGCGUGACCUCCGGCUGGGGUCUGCUGCGCUACAAUGCUAUCAACACCCCCAACCUGCUGCAGCAGGCUGCUCUGCCYCUUCUGUCCAACGAGCAGUGCAAGGAGCACUGGGGGAGCAGCAUCUCYGACGUCAUGAUCUGUGCCGGUGGUGCUGGUGCUACCUCCUGCAUGGGUGACUCCGGUGGCCCCCUGGUCUGUGAGAAGGACAACGUCUGGACCCUGGUCGGUAUUGUGUCCUGGGGCAGCAGCCGUUGCUCCACCACUACCCCCGCUGUGUACGCCCUGUCUCUUAUACACAUCUGGGGCAGCAGCC